AUGUAUACAACAAGCGAGGUUGAAGCUCUGGAAAAACUAAACUAUUACAGAAUUAGAGAGAUGAUUCGGGUCUCUUGGUCCGUGGGCUACAAUAUGAAGAAGCCAACGCGUUGGGAUGUGUUGCUGAAACUCUGGAGCAUUGUGUUUAUUGCAAGCUGUCUGUCAUCAUAUUAUGGACACUGGAUGCUGUUUAUACGCUACAUUCGUGACAUACCACGCAUUACCGAGACUAUCAGCACAGUUUUCCAGAGUCUGAUAGCCGUUGUGAAAAUGGUAUAUUUUCUACUGGCGCCGCGAAAAUUCUACGUGCUGUUGCGUCGCGCCUGUCGCCACGAGAUGUUGCAGGAGUGCGAGUUAUUCGGAGUUGUGGCAGAUAUGCCAAUUGCAAAGCCGCUACGUCGGCAAGUGGAGGACAUUAUGAAUCGUUGUUGGAUCAACAAGCGGCGCCAAUUGGUGUCCUAUCUCUUCGUCUGCAGUUGUAUUCUUUUAAAUUACUUUGUCACCUCACUGGCCAUCAAUAUGUAUCGCUACUCAAACCGGGAUCAAGAAAAUUUCGAGGUUGUGCUGCCGUUGCCAUCUCUGUAUCCUGGCUGGAUGGACAAGGGCAUGACCUUUCCCUACUACCACAUACCUUUGCUCCUCGAGAGCUCCACCCUCUACCUGUGUGGCAUGGGUACUCUUGGCUUUGAUGUGCUCUUUAUUGUGCUCUGCCUGCAUACUGUGGGCCUGAUGCAGUCGCUAAGCUACAUGAUUGAGUGCUCCACAUCGGCGUUGGUGCCCCAGGAGCGUCGUGUUGAAUAUAUGCGUUGUUGCAUCUAUCAAUAUCAGCGUGUGGCAGCCUUCGCCCUGGAGUUGAACAAUACAUUUAGACACAUAAUAAUUAUACAGUUUAUGCUGAGUCUCUUCACUUGGGGCUUGAUACUGUUUCAAAUGAGCAUUGGCAUUGCUACAAGCAUUACCACAACGUUAAGGAUGUUUAUGUAUCUUGCGGCCGGUGGCUAUCAAAUUGUCAUCUACUGCUAUAAUGGCCAAAGCUUCGCAACAGCUAGUAAGCGCAUUCCAAAGGCAUUCUAUGAUUGUUUGUGGUAUGCGGAAUGCCGGGAAUUUCGUCAACUCAUCAGAAUGAUGAUAACGCGCUCGAAUCAGACCUUCAGUUUAGAUAUAUCAUGGUUCACAAAAAUGUCACUGCCCACCCUGAUGUCGAUGGUACGCACAAGUGGACAAUAUUAUUUGUUGCUGCAGAAUAUAACUCAGAAAUAA